AUGGGUGCAAGUGCCUCUACGAUCGGCAGGCUCUUCAAGAAUGAAGCAGUCCAGGUGUUCUUGCUAGGUCUGGGCGCUGCUGGGAAGACCACUAUACUGUACCGGCUCAUGGGAUGCCUGAACUUCGUACCCAUACAUCCCACUCAUCGGCUGCGACCUCGAACCCGUCACCUACCAAAACGUCGAUUUCAUCGUUCAAGACUUCGGCGGCGGAGAGAAGCACCGCGCGAUUUAGCACCGCUACUACCACCCCGGCAUCCAGGCACUCAGGCCAUCAUCUACGUCGUGGACUGUACCGACCGCGAAAGGAUAGGCAAGGCCAGGACGGAGCUGCAUGAGCAUACAUUGUUCAGAGAGGGUCUGAAGGGCUUGCCGGUACUGGUGUACGCGAACAAGCGGGACGUAGCGGGGGCGUUGUCUGAGGAUGAGGUGGCGGAACGGUUGGGGAGGCAUAGUUUGAAGAGGACGCCGUGGCAUGUACAGCCCAGUUGUGCGAUGACGGGCGAGGGGCUAUUCGAAGAUUUACAGUGGCCUGUACUUAAUCAUAAAUGCCAAGAAGCCGUAAAGCUGCAACGGGCGCAUCAAGCGCCUGUUUGGGUGAUGUUGAUGCGUCGGAUAUCCACCGAGUCUGUCGACUGUCGGAGUAGCGUUAUCUGCUCCAUCAACAUAUCCUAUCUAUGGGCGGCUCUUCACUGUUACAUCUGGUCGCGGUGGGCUUCGGGCUGCUUCCAACCGUCAUGA